AGGAAGUCGGCGUUGUCCAGGAAACACCAUCUCCUUCUCAGAAGAGGCCUAGGCGGAAGGGAUGCUCAGGACCGCAGGACCGCUUUCGCCCUAGACUCGUAAGGUUGGAAGGGACCCUGAGGGCCAUCUAGUCCGACCCCACUGCAACGCCUAACGUUGGGCUUGGACCCACAGCCGUGAGAAACCAAAAUAAUCUCAUGUGCUGCUACCGGCUGAGUGAUCCCCGGCCUCCCCUUUAAGAGGGGAGACAAGGAGCGGCGAAGAAGAGCGAAGCAGGCGGCGAUGGCAUUGCAGGCGGCGCAUCUGGAGGCCGACGCCUUCCUCGUCUGCAUGGUCCACGCGCUGAGCACUGAGCAAGAGGAGGUCAUGGGCCUCUGCAUUGGCGAGGUGAGGAGCGGGGUCUGCUGCUGCCGGGGAAUCCUGCGGGGGAGGGACCGGGGGCGCCGGGGCUGGCUUGGAAGUCCCGCUGAGUACAGGGCGCUUACCUUCUGGGCGGAUCCGUUACAGGCCGCAGCCGUAACCCUCACCUGUCAGCGGGCCGACUCCCCCACUGACUUCCACAGUGACGAUUGAUCACAAUGUUUAUCUCUAUCACUCCAUCUCAGGGCAGCUCGCAGAAAAAAAUUAGAAGAGCUGAAAAUAUAGGGGGAUCUUAAAAAAUAAUAAUAAUGAAGCAAUAGAAUUAAGAUCAAUUUAUCUACAUUAAAACAUACAGAAAACACUGCUGCAGGUGCUAUGAAACACCCCUUCCACAUUUGUAAAAUCACAACCCUGUAGUUUGGCAGCUCCUGCACUUUGGAACUCCUUGCCUAUUGAGAUUAAGCAGGCACCAUUGCUGUACUCUUUACCGCGCCUCCUCAAGCAUUGUUACUUAGACGCACCUAUCCAGAUUCUUAGAAAGCUGAGGUAAUUUUAAUCUGUGUUAGUAUUAUAAUUAUGUAUGUUUUAAAGUAUGGUUGUGACACCCCCCCCUCGAUUUAUUGUUUUAACUUUUUGUAAACCACUUUGAGGUGUUUUUUGUUUUUUCAUAAUCAAGCGGUGUAUGAUUUUUUUGAAAUAAAUAAUUACAAUAAAAGCAGCGCAGCAACGGACCUUUCCUAAAAAACAGCCUGUUCCCAAAAGACUGUUGGAGCAAGAAAGUCUGACACGUGAAGAGAGAAGCAAUGGGUUGUAACCAUAUUUAUGAGGAAAGCAUGCCUUUUUUUUGUUUUCAGAUUAUAUUUCUGUAUGUUAUAGUGGGCAUAAUUUUAAAAAGCACACAUCCUCUGUGUGGGAGAAGGAUGAAUUGCCUUUUAAGAUGGAUUAUGCCACCUGCCAGUUUUAAUAGAAUUUGUGUUAAGAAAUAAUUUUAUAAAUAUGUUGCCUCAUGAAUCAGGAUUAAGUACGGCCCAGAGUUGUAAAGAAUAAAAGCAUCUUUAUUUUAAGAUGCCAUGUGCAUGUUCUGAAGCAAGUUUCAUGUUAGAAAAGGUGCACUCUUUCCCCAUUUCUCUCACCCGCAGGAAAGGGAUUUCUCUCUUGAACUGAGGCUUGCUCUCUGCAGGUUUUUCAAGUACUGUACAUUUCUAAAAGUGGUGCUCUUAAAAAGCCUCUUGAUUACUUUGUAUAACUUUUAGUCAUUCAGAAUAUUUUAACCCGGGGAGGGGAAUCUGGGGCCUAACAAGUAUUGUUCUUCCAAUUCCCAUCAUCUCACCCAGCAUGGCCGAUCGUCAGGAAUGAUGUAAGCUAUUGAGUCUGACCAACUAAAUAAUGCAUCACUAGGAGAAACUGACAGUAUGAGUUUAGAAAUAUUUUCAUAGCUUGACCCACUUAAUAUUUGUUUGUACCGAUAAUUAGAUAGUACUGGGCAACACUGAACAUUUUCUCAAGUACCUCUACAAAGAGUUGCAUCCUUAAAGUCUUUUCUUUCUUCUGCUCCGUUGUUGAGGGAUUGACUACAGUAGGAUUGACUACUGGCUGCAUCUGUUGUUAUGGUUGCUCUCCUAGAUUGCAGUUGCAUGUCUCAUGCAGCAAGUUUCAACAGGGACCUGCAGCAGUGUUGCUCUUUUAUGCCAGGGCUCGCAGAGAGCAUGUGAAUUGAUAAAGAGUAGCAUCUCUGCAUGUGUGCUCUGAGUAACUGCAGCCUGGCAUCUGGAGUCAGGUGCAACACUCCUAGAUGGAAACACAUAGUGUCUAGUUAUACUGUGGCCAAAGUAUCUCUCUGUUAAACUUUAAACUACAUGAGUCUGGGCUCCUGUCUUCAAUAUAUUUUCUUCAUUAAAACUUUUGUCUGCUUUAUAUAAUAAAAACCACUAAGAGGUUUUCAUAAAAACAAUAGAAAUACAGCAACAUUAAAUAAAAUUUCCUAAAAACUAGAUAAAAAUGUAACAGUGUUAACAAGUAAAGCUGAGUAGUGAACAAAACAAAGAAUUUGGAAAGCUUGAGCAAACAUAGGUGUUCAGAAGUGUUUAAAGCUCAUUAUUGUCUCUCAAAAUUACUCAAGGGAGGGCAUUCCAGUGGUGGGUGCAAUUACCAACAAAACCUGCUUCUGUGUUGUCACCAACACAGAUUUUAAAAUCUUCUGAUCAUGGAGCAAGGUCUCCUUGAAAGAGCUUAGGUUGGCUUGAUCUGUACCAGGGAAGGAAAUCACUUUCUUGGAUGGCUUUGGACAGACAGGUUCUUUGCAAAGGGUAUUUGGAGGAAUGUAAAGGCAGCUCUGCUCAGUUUGAAAGCAAGUUUUCAGAAAUAAAUCUCUGCUUAAAUGAUCUUGCAUGUGUGCAAGAUGUAAGAAUGAAGAAGGGUUUUUCAGUGAGAGUAAGCAUAUUCUGGAAUCACAAUCUUAUUGUGUUGCUGCUGCCAUUGCAUGCACAUUUACCUGGAGUGAGCUCCAUUUAAUACAGUGGGAUGCAUGCCCAAGUAAGCAUGUGAAAUGUUGUGCUUCAUACGUUUUUCUUCAUUUAUCCACAGGUUGGUGCUAGCCGAAUAGUUCAUAUUCACUCCGUGAUCAUUCUGCACCGGUCAGAUAAGAGAAAAGAUCGUGUGGAGAUUUCCCCAGAGCAGCUCUCAGCUGCUUCAACAGAAGCAGAGAUAUCCUUUGACAGAAAUUAUGGGGUAAUAACACUUGAGUAUUUUCAAGGCAGGUAGUCCUCAAAGGGCAUGAGAUUUUGGGAAAGUGACUUAAAUCACUUUGCAAGUGAUGGCCUAGAAGGGAAAUGUCCUGCCCAUAGUUCUCUGCUUCUUUCCUUUGCUGUUCUGAAAGAGCAUUUCAUAAUAAUAGUGUGUGCACAUGUUUGAGAUUGGCAAAUGUAAGAACGUGUAUUUUUAAAUGCAUGACUACGUUUGCAGUAGGGAGUUAUUUUUAGUUUUUGGAGAAACCUUAACUAACACACAGAUUGGCUAAGUUAACAGGACAGCCUACAAGAGUUGUUGGCUGGUAUCAUUCUCAUCCCCACAUAACAGUUUGGCCAUCACACGUAGGUAAGAGUUUUCUUCUGGGUAAGGCGUGUGUCCAUCAUCCACUAUAUGCUGACUUGGGGUGGGCCACUUUUUAAGGGGGUGAGAUAUCUGAAAUAUUUUGUGUGUAUGUAUAUGAUAGAGAGGGAGAAUUUAAUGUAAGGAUAAGAUCUUGUGACAGGUGGAGCCUUCAUUUUCCUACCAGGCAGGACCUGUAUGAGCUGAAUGCUCCUGGCAAAGAAUCUUUGCUGAUUACAAUAGACUUUUGGGGAUGAGUGCACUUCUUUUGCUCCAUUAUAGAAACAUAGGAAGCCGUCUCAUGUCAAGUCAGAUCACUGAUCACUUAGCUCAAUAUUUGUCCAUACUAACUGGCAGUGACUCCCCAGACCAACAUGUUGAUGCUGGAGAUUGAACCUGAGACCUUCUGUUUGCAAAGCACACACCACAGCCCUUUCCUUACCUAACUUGGGAAGAAGGAAAUGCAGAAAAAACUGGUGUGUGUCCCCCCACCAAAAAAAUAAAAAUAAAAAAAUUGCCAUCUAAGGCAUCAGGCUCAUAUUUAUAUGGUUUCCGUACAAAGUUUUACUUGAAACACAACGUGUUAUGAAUAUGCAUUGGCUACUUGAAGUGUGAUCGGCACAUGUGUACCGUUUCAUUGGUUAAUAAAAACAUGCUCCUAUCUGCAUACACAGUACUAUGGCAACAGGUAGGUUUUAGCAAAGUUGCAUUUUUAGCUUGGCCUACAAACCAUAAUAGCUAGGUGUGACCUUCUAUUCCUGAUUUACUACUGUCCCCCUUGGAGACUCUUAUGUUUGAGUUACUGUUUCAUUUCCCCUUUGAAGUUUCCUGCUCUUACUCCUCAAGGCCGCCUAAUGCUUGCUGUUGUGUGCCAAGUGAUAACGAAGUGAGAGCCCCUAAGAGGAAUGGUAGACUCAGAGAAGAGAAGAAAUGGUUUUUAUUCACAGAAGAGAGUCGGAGAGAAAAGGGGGAAAGUGCACUUUAAGCAAAAGGAAAGAAAGCAGUCCCCCCGCCAAAAAAAAAACAGGGAGAGGAAGAGCCCCAAGAUUGAAAUCUCUAAAUAGAGCCAAAAGAUGCAGCAGCAGAUGAUUAAACAAGGAACUCCCAGGGCUGUCUUAGAUUUGACUGUAAUCUUGCUUUUAGAGACUUACAUCAGGGGUUGGCAAAGUUUACCUUGCCUGGGCCAGUUCACUCCAGCAGAGAUCCCUCCAUGGGCUGGAUUGCGCAUGUGCGUGAGUGCGCCCGCCUGUGAUUUCUGGCAUCUGCGUCUGCACAGACGCAAUUUCCGGUGUCUGUGCAUGCGCAGAUGCAGACACAAUUUCCAGCACCACGGAAGCGAGUCCCCACGCUGCGCUGUGCCAGUUUAGCACAGUGCGCGGGGACUCGCCGAGUGGGCAGCUUGGUUCGGGGGUGACUCGUGGGCCAGUUAAACGACCUCCGUGGGCUGCUUGUGGCCCAUGGGCCUUAGGUUGCCUACCCCUGGCUUACAUUAUUGUAUGGUACCUUUUGUUUUCAAAUGUCAUACAAAUAUCUUCUCCGAUGCUCUCUGCUGCUCCUGAAGAAAAAGGACAUCUGUGAUCUUUCCUUGUCUGGCUUGAUCUUUCACACUGAUGAUCCAGUGGCUUCUGUUAAGCCAGGGAAUGUAGAAUUUGUAAUUUGUUUUGCCAAUUGUAUGCCUGCAGACCUCUGCACACAAGCGAUGUAUCAGAUGAUGGAUCAAGACUUUGUGGGGCUUAUCUUCUGCUGUUUCAAUGAUGACAAAAACACAAAGGUAAAUAAAUGACACCCAUUCCUGUGUCGUAGCCAUUAUUGCUCUCUGUUCCUUUCUGAAAAGAAUGCGCUAUUCUUUCUGGAGCCUGGAUUAGAUCACUGGUCUUCACAAGUGGGUUGUGGCCUAAUCCAAGGUAGGUCGCAACAGGAGCAUUACCACCAUGCAAAUAUAUGAUUAAAGAUUAAGAAAUAGGUCCCCAAAUGCAUGCUUGGGUUAAAAGUGGGUCUUGGGUCUGAAAAGGUUGAAGAUCCCUGGACUGGAGAUACUUGAAGCAGUGAACUCAUACAUGAUACCUAUUGCUGCUGUGGUUACAAUUUCAUCAUUGUUUGUGAGUGGUUUUAGUCCUCAGACACACAAAAUUAAAUUAGAGUUGAGGUGUAGACUAGGUCUCUCCCUUUCAUUCAUUGAUGUUAUGGUUUGUCACUUUGUUUUCAGUGAUUACACACACAUAAAUUCAGUGAAACAAGUGCAUGAGCUUGGAGAAGGUAAUUAGGGUCCCAUCACUUUUCUUAAAUACUUGGUCCUUCGUGUCUUAGAGUGCACACCCUCAAAUCCGGGCUCCCUAGCUUUCCCCAUACUUGGGUCUGCAGAUGUUGCUGAACCACAUUAAAAAUGGACAGGCAUAAAAUGUGGGAAGAUACUAAGAGGGUGCAUUGGGGAAAGGCAGACUGUCUUCUUUGGAAUACCUAAACAUGGACUGAAGUUCCGUUUCUGAGCCACUUAAUCUGGAUUAGGUGGAUUGCUAGUGCUGUGGUUUAGAGAACAAUAAUUGUUGGCGGAAUUUAGCAGUGGGUGUUACAAUAGGGGAACACAAAUGCAAAGACGACAUGCACAAAGUUGUCCAAGAAUGACCUGAGAAGGAAAUAAAAGAACACAUCCCCCCCCCCCAAUACUGGUAUUGACAUCAAUAGUCACUUAUCUCCCAUAGUAAACAGCAACUUCAAGGAAGGGGGCAUGCUUUUUGUUGCAACUGCAUGUGUGGGUCGUAGAGGGUUUAACCACCCUGCUCAAAAGCAAUAGUAAUUCUAAUUGUGCACCCACAACUACUAUUAAACAGAAACAAAACCCAGGUAUAUUCAUUGGGACAAUGAACUUCACAUUUGGCAGUAUAUCACCUAAAUAGGCUCCAUCUGCAGCAAUCAGUCUUCAAGGUGCCAUUGGAAUGUUUAUCAUUUAAUGGAAUGUGAGCUUUAAUCUCUGGCUGAGGUGCAGUGGGUGGAAUGAAACGUAGUGUGAAAUGGGAUGUAUGCCUGUACAACUAUGUCCACUCAAGCAACAAGACUCCCCCUCCCCACACCUGGCUCAUUGUGCUAAACCUGUUAUGGGGUUUCUCCCAAUCAUCCAGAAAAGAUUUAGGGAGCACAGAGGCAUGGUGGGCAGAGGGGAAAGUUCCACUGCAUGAAAUAACUUAGUUGAAUCCCAUCCAGUGUGUUUAUUUCCUUCUUCCCUCCCAGCUUCCCAGGUAGCAGAACACCUGAAUAGAGUGUCACUACAUAGAGAUGUGUGGCUCUUUCGGGGUUUGGAUAAUCAAACAUCCUGUUGUAUAAUAAUCUCUUUUUUUCUUUCUUUCUUUCUUUCUUUCUUUCUUUCUUUCUUUCACUCACAUAAAUCUGCUGAUUAUUCCAGACUGGCCGGAUUCUGUUCACCUGUUUCCAGUCCAUUCAAGCCCAAAAGAGCUCCGAGUAAGUACUCUGUUAAUUAGGAGGGUUUGGCAAACUCAAUGCCUCAGCCUUUCUCACUUUUCUUUGAACUUCAGCUUCAGUGGUUACUUUUUAUGUAUAGCAGUGCUGCUAUGUUUUAAUUCUCAAUUCUUCAUCUCUAGGCAAUUCUAGGUUCAAAAUUCCCAUUGUUCUGGGCGCAUUUUGCGACAGGGGAUUUCAUUAGCGUGAGCAGUUUCUGAGCUCUGGGCACAGUACUGUGCCUAAUAUUUCAGAUUAAAACUGUGGAGUGGAAGGAAAGGAGGAGCUUUUUCUGCUUCCCCACUUCCAGCUACUCUCUGAAAACUGGAGAAGAGACCCGCUUAAGAAUAGUAGGGGGAUGGGCAGGGGAAGGAUUAGACCAUGUAAAAAAUGAACAUAAUAUUUUAGCUACAGUUCGUUCACUUUCAUCUUUGUAUUCUUGUUAUAAAAAAGUGUGCCUAGACAUUCCGUUGUUGUGCCCAGCUGCUUGUAUCUUUAUAGUUCCUGUUUUUCACCUGGCAUCUAUGGACAAUAUAGUGUGCACACUUCUCUAGAGUAAGCCCCACUUAACACAGUGUGUAUGUGCUGUGUACGUUGUGCUCUUCUAGCGUUUACUUCUCUUACUGGGCUGAAUGUUGUAUUUUUAUAAGUUCUUAUUCUUUUUCUGUUGCAUUUUAAUACUGUUUUAUGGUUUUAAACUUGUAUUGAUUUUAUGUUGUGAAUAUGUGCGGUGGAAGCUACCUUGGGAGGGUUUGGUCCUAAAAGACAGCCAACAAAUACUUCAAAUUAAUAAAUAAAAAUGACUUCCAGCUAAGCACGCAUAGAAUUAUGCUGUCAAGUCUCCAAAAAUGGAACAGUAACACAAAUAUUCUUCCCCUUGUAGGUAUGAAAGGAUUGAAAUUCCUGUGCAUAUAAUACCUCACACCACCAUGGGGAAAGCGUGUCUUGAGUCAAUGAUGGAGCUCCCCAGGAUCUUGUGUCAAGAGGAGCAAGAUGCUUACAGGAAAAUCCACAGGUAAAAUGAGCCAGGCUCCCUUCUUUGCUUUAUUUGGAUACACUUAUCACUUGCUCUCCUUUGCCAUCAAGUACAGUGGUACCUCUGGUUACGAACUUAAUUUGUUCCGGAGGUCCGUUCUUAAGCUGAAACCAUUCUUAUCCUGAGGCGUGCUUUUGCUAAUGGGGCCUCCCACUGUGUGCGCGCCUCCGGUGUGCAAUUUCCAUUCGCAUCCUGGGGCAAAGUUCGCAACCAGGAGCAACUACUUCCAGGUUAGCGGAGUUCAUAACCAGAAGCGUUUGUAAACAGAGGUAUCACUGUAUGGCAGAGGUAGGCAGCCUACAGCCUAAGGGUUCCAUGCAGCUCUUGGCCUAAUUUCAUUGAGGGGGGACCCAAACGCGUCCAAAAGCUGACACAGAUGAUGGGAGAAAGGGGGCAAGACCUCUCAGCGGCUUUCAAUACCAUCAAGCAUGGUAUAAUUCUGGAGUGACUCUCCAAACUAGGGGUGGGUGACACCGCUUUACGGUGGUUCCAGUCCUACUUGGAUGGUCGUUCCCAGAUGGUGUUGCUUGGGGAAUGCUUUUCAGCCCCAUCAAACCUUCAGUGUGGGAGAUUGUCUGCUCUUGAUGGGGUUACACUUCCUCUGAAGGAGCAGGUUCGUAGCUUGGGGGUACUCCUAGAUCUUUUGCUGUUGCUUGUGGCUCAGGUGGCCUCAGUGACCAAGAGUGCCUUCCAUCAGCUUCAGCUUCAGCUUCAGCUUCAGCUGGUGGAAUAGCUACGUCCCUAUGUGGACAGGGAUAGCCUAACUACUGUUGUCUAUGCUCUGGUAUCCUCAAGGUUAGAUUACUGCAAUGUGUUAUAUGUAGGGCUGCCUCUGAAGACAGUUCUAAAACUUCAGCUAGUGCAGAAUUCAGCAGCCAGGUUGUUCACCGGAGCAAGAUGGUUUGAGCGCAUUACACCGAUCCUGGUCCGACUGCACUGGCUACCAAUUAGUUUCCGGGUCCAAUUCAAAGUGCUGGUUUUGACCUAUAAAGCCUUAAAUGGCUCAGCACCACAAUACCUUAAGGACUGCCUUUACCUCAGGCAUCCCCAAACUUGGCCCUUCAGCUGUUUUGGGACUACAACUCCCGUCAUCCCUAGCUAACAGGACCAGUGGUCAAGGAUAAUGGGAAUUGUAGUCCCAAAACAGCUGGAGGGCUGAGUUUGGGGAUGCCUGCUCUACCUGGACCCUGAGAUGAUCUUCUGAGGCCCUUCUUUGUGUGCCUCAUCCUUGAGAAGUCCGGAGGGUGGCAACACAAGAACAGGCCUUCUCUGCAGUGGCUCCCCAUCUGUGGAAUGCUCUCCCUAGGGAAGUUCACCUGGCACCUUCAUUAUACAUCUUUAGGCGCCAGGCAGAAAUGUUCCUUUUUAGCCAGGCUUUUGGUUGAUUUGACUGACAUCCUAUUCCCUUUUAAAAUGUGGGUGGUUUUUGGAAGGGGGUGUUAUUGGGUUGCUGUUCUUAUUUUGAUGAUAUAUUUUGUGGUUUUAUAUUUUGAUUUUGUUCUGUGAACUGCUCUGGGACCUCUGGAUAUAGGGUGGUAUAUAAAUUCAAUUAAUCAUCAUCAUUAUCAUAACCUGUAGGAGUAAUUUGGCCCUUGCCUGGCAGUCUGCUGGGCUAGAAGAAAGAGGUUUGAAGUAAGUAAGUAAUGAAAAUGUUGGUUUUGCAGAAUCAUCUGCUUGACUACUGUGGGAAUCAAGCCACUGGGACAAGAGGGUCUGAUCCAGCAGGGGGCAUUUCAAAAUCCCAUGUGGACCAUGUGGUGACCCUUGCCAGUAGCAAAGUAACCUACUGUGGUCCAGGAAGUGGACAUUGACAUGAAGUGACUGGGAGGGAAGAACUACCUGGAUUGUAGUCUUUAUUUUUAUUUGAAGGAAGUUGUUUUGUGAAGCCUGAUAGAAAACAUACUGUGACUUUUGUGGGAGUGCUGACUUGACACCAGUGUGCUCUCUUCCUCCAUUUAGCCUUACCCAUCUGGAUCCCAUAACCAAGAUCCAUAAUGGUGCAGGUAAGGAUUUCCAGAUCAAAAGUACCGACGUCACACAUUUUGGUACUUGAAACAUUUGCAGUCAUCAGACUUUGGACCCGGAUUGUCAGAGGGUUGACAUUAAAUGAUAGUUGCUCCACACCAACAGUUUGAAAAGUGUAGGGAAGCCUCUUCUGUUUAGAUGUGAGCAGUUUGCUGAGGGAGUGCAUUAUCCUUAUUAUGUGGCUCCCAGUUUCAUUAACCCCCUUCCGUGCCUUUGGAUUUGGCGUAACUACUUACUCAAGAUAGCAGGUAUGAUAACUUGUUUGCCAUGGAGGACAGGGAGGCAAGCCUUUUGUUUUGCCAGCAUGCUAGCCUGAGUACCUUAAUGCAAACUUGUCAGUGGUCUUGCUUCUUUCUUUUGAUGGGUUUAUCAUUGCUCUGUGAGCUAUUGGUGCCUGUCUUGCCUUCACAGUUAGGUAUCUUUAAGCUGUUAAAUUUUGAAGGGCUUAUAUAAUUUCUAAUACCGUAUAGGAUCAGGCUGCUAAGUCAGCCUUGGAGUGAAUUGAGUGCCAAGGAAACCCUUAUUAUUCAACUAUUUUACUUUUAAAAGACAACUGAAGGCUGCCCUGUUUAGGGAAGUUUUUAAUGUUUGAUGCUAUAUUGUUUUUAAUAUUUGGUUGGAAGCCGCCCAGAGUGGCUGGGGAAACCCAGCCAGAUGGGCGAGGUAUAAUUAAUAGUAUAUUAUUAUUAUUAUUAUUAUUAUUAUUAUCAUCAUCAUCAUUACUGGUACACUGACACUCUGCAGAGAGAGAUGGUUGUAUCUCACUAUUUACUGCAUUACUUCUUUCCUCGCCAGUGUUCACUAAGAAGCUCUGCAGCCAGAUGUCUGUCAUCAGUGGUCCUCUUAUGCAGUGGUUGGAGGAUCGCUUGAAGAAAAACAAAGAGAGGGUGCAGGAACUGCAGCAGGAGAAAGAGAAACUUCUGGAGGAACUCGCUGCCUUGGAGGGAGAAGAACAGAACCUCAUGGCCUAAGAAACAGCCAAAUGUUCCCAAGUUUGGCUUCAUCCUACCUUGCUUCUUCUCCAACCCUCCCAUCUCGUUGGGUACAUUCUGUGCAUUAUGCAGCACAGAAGCUUCAGUCAAGCGGUUAAGCUCACCACAUAAAACAUUUGUUCAGCAGAAACAUUUGUUGUUUACUGUGGACACACAAACAUGCACUCCAUAUACAUAUCCUCUGCAUUCAGACAUCUGAAGGCAGCCCUGUACAGGGAGGUUUUUAACGUUUGAGGUUGGAAGCCACCCAGGGCGGGAUAUAAAUAAUAAAAUUAUUGUUAUUUCCCCACGGUGAACACAGGCAAAUAAUAGUUUAUACCAGUAAUGAUUCAAAAUUCUGUUUCAGUAUCCAUUAUUUUUGUCUUUGGUUACAUAUAUCAUAAUUAAAUAGAGAAGUAACAAGGAGUGAAGGAGGAGGGAUAACCUAUGUGCACCAGACUGUAUUGUAUACUGUAUGUACUGUCCUACUAUAUGCUUCAUUGUUUGUGAAAUUAAUAAAGUUGUACUAAACCGCAUAAAAGUUAGCUAAAGAAUCAUAGUUCUGUUCUUCGUGCUGAGUUCCAUUUCUUCAUUAACUGUUGGGGAAAUGUCUUGAGCCUGUUUGGGUGAGUUUUAAAAUAUAUUCUCUCAACGGUUUCAGUUCUUUACCCUAGAUUCAGACAGUGUUUUUUUAAUUAGGGCAACGUAAUCUGCUGUGUUAAAUGGAGCUUCUGGUCUCUCUGAGCUGUUUUUCCCCCUUCACUGUAUUGAGCCCUGGUGACCAUUUUGGAAAUGGGCUUGUGAUUGCCUGAUGAUCUGAGACAGAGGUAAAAACCAGUUGUCUACAGGGCAUGAUUUUCUGGUCCUACAGCUCAUAGCCUGUUUGGGGCUAUUAGAAGUUUGAGCAAGACUUUGUUUUGCCGCAAGCAAGGCAAGCCUAUUUUUGCUUAUGGGGAAAGAAGGAGCAGCAGAUUGAAACACCGUCUCGCCUUGGUGAUGUCACUGCCCUUGCAAGCUUUUUCUUUAUUAUUAAUUCUUCUACCGCCAGUACUAGAUCUUCCUCAAACAAUUAUUUCAGCGUAGCCAAUUUUGUUUCGUAACAAUAAUCCUUUAUGCUAGGUACUGCCACACCUCCGCUGUUUUUUAUUUGUUUGUUUGUUUUUGGAGUUUGGCAGCUACCUUAGGCGGGUUUUGGUUCCAUUUGAGAUGCUGCAUCAAUCGCUGCCAUUUUGACAGUAUUUCAGAUGGGACAACUAAUGAAAUGUUUAGGAGUAUAAAUGAGUUUUGGGUACUCAUCUUUACAGUAGAUAUUCUCCCAUACCAUGAGAUAGAAAAGGCAUUCCAAUAUUAUUUAAAGAAUUGGAAUAUUUCAGUAUGGGUUCAGAACUCAUCAGUUGGACUUGACUUUUGGAGCUCCAGUAAUGGGAAAUGGAGGUAUGUCAGAAACAUGCAAUCUCUCUAGAGGAGCUAGUCAGGGAUGUCCUUUAUCCCCUGUGCUCUUUGCCAUUGUGAUUGAAGCGUCGGCUAUAGCAGUAAGAGAAAAUGUACACAUCAAUGGGAUCUAACAUGGCUCUUUAGAUACUAAGAUAAUUCUUUAUGCUGAUGAAGUGGUUCUCACAGUCUCACCCAAAGAAGAUUUAUCAAAAAGUCAUAAGGUUAUUAUCUAUAAUAGUGAGAGAUCAGAUUUUUUUCUAUGUUUUUUGCUGUUCUUAUUUUAUCUGUAAGCUGCCUUAAAUUCCUGUUGUUGGGGAAUGUGGGGUACAAAUAAAUAAAUAAAUAAAUAAAUAAAUAAUACAAUA